AUGUCCAGGUUAUCAGAACAACAGAUUUUGGCAAGAGCUAGAGCUUCCUCCCUAGAGAAUGUUAAAAAUCUAAAUUUUUGGUAAGUAAAAUGAUCUGAUAAAAUGAGACAUGUACUCUGCAGAGUUCUUGACUUUAGACCGAUGUUACAGAUCGCGAGGUUUAUUUUCUAGCGGUUAAAAACCUGCUUCUGUAUCUUAUCAGGCAGUGGAUUCGAAAGGAUUUAUUUGCACUAUUUGUCACUGUACUUUUUAAUGAUACGAUAGGUUUUUUUUGGCAUUCAUCCCCAUUCACUUGGACGUUAUAAGGCUUUUUUACUCAAUCGACACUUCAGACUUUGUUGUCAUAGUUUCACUUAUUUUUGAUAAUUAUUAGUUACUUUACUUACACUGUAUGGUGCUCUUUCUUAACAGGGGAAGUGAUCUCAACGAUGUAAGUACUGAAUUUGUCUCUCUUUUUUGAAAUUUGCGGUAUCGCCUAAUGUGAGUGAUAUCUACCUUGUAUUAGCAAUAAUAAUAUUAUUGAAUAAGGCUUAGUAGAAAGUGAAGAAUUAUGCAGAUCUAGGUGGAUAACACCCUCCGAGAGAUGUAGAUGUCAGGUGAUAAUUGAGCCGGGGGUAUUCCCAUGCAAUUAACUGUGUGGGUGUCCCUCUGAGUCUCUGCACCUGUUGCAGGCAAAUAGAGAUGAAUAUGCAACACUGUUCCAGAUUAGAUAAUAUUUAUUCUGAGCGCAGUGAGUUAAUAAUUUUGUCGCGCGUGGGUCAUAGCGGCUUGCAAUCUCAGUUAGCCCAUCUAUACUUGUAUAUAUCCGAUGGUGUCCCCAAUGUAAUGAUGUCAUGAAGAAACUCGAUCAGCAUUAUUUUGACUCUUUUUUUCGGCCGUUAUGGCAACAAGAAAUGCUUUUAGCAAUUACUUUCAAUUGCUUAAGUAUUUUACAGAGAGCAAUUAAGCAAUAUGGAGCAGUAGCUUCAAGUAAAUAAGAGCAAAAAUCAAAAUUAAAGAACAUUUGUGUGUUAAUAGGCUGUGGGCUGGGAUACCUUUGUUUCUCAAAAGUACCUUUCAGUUCGGAUUUUUACUGUCAAAACUUUGCUUUUCCCUGAAAAGUAUACCUUUUAAUUCAUUUUACACGGAGGGAAACCCACAAUGAAUUGUUUGUUUCGGUCUUUCCUUGCCAAUUGAUGUGACCGACGGUUAAAAGACUGGUUUUAGCUCCGUACCUCAAUCCCCCGUUGAAUCCGAGAAUGAAUUCAGGCUGAAAUAAUGCACAAUGGCUUUGAAAUAAGUGGUUAAACUUGUUUUCCUCAAAUGCAUCUUCCAAUUCGUGAUAAAAAUAGCUUCACCAACUUUAAGCAAUGUCAAAGACAGACAAAUAUGGUUUAAGCUUAAUAAUUUCACCUGUUCAUUUACUGAUUGGCAGCGUCGCCCAAGUGGUAUAGGAGUUGUACGCUACCAGCUGGUGGUUAUGUUGCAAGUUCGAAUCAUGGUGGCUCGAAAUUUCUUUCUUUGUUGUAGAUUUUUUUUCUUUUUUGUUUUGUUUUAUUUUCUUUUUAUCAUUUUUUUCCCUUUUCCUUUCUUCCUUUAUUCUUACUGUUGACCAUCCAUAGUUUCAAGAGGUUUUUGCAAUAACGUAUUCCUAGUAUGAAUAGGAACCUUGUUCCUGUGACUGGCUCAGUGAUAAAAUGACCUCACCUAAGCUUGAUUGAGAGUCAGAAUGAAGUGAAAUAUACCCCUCUCCAAGAAAUAUAUAUUUUUUUGCUUUGUUCUAGAGUAGGUGAGGCAAAAACCCUUUUGAGUGGCACAUACCUGUUUAGUCCAUGGAUAUAUCACUCCCAUAUAUGGGAGAACCCUCCCCCCCCCCCACCGGGAUUUUGAGCAUGAUAUGCGUGAUACAUGUAUGUAUGAUAUGCUAAACUUUCUGUGAACUAUGUUAUGAACUGUUAACUGUGUUAUGUUUUGAAAACAAUGAGCUGAACUUAUAGCUAAUAUGUUUUACAGAUCUCAGUUCUACGACAAAUGCCAAAUGUUGAAGUCCUUAGCCUCAGGUUAGAUAUUAUUUAGUUUAUUUCAAUGUAAUUCAUCACCACGUAUGACUGGACACAUUAAAGCUCCACUUAACUGAAGUCAUUGUAUUAAGAUGCUCCUCUUUUGUUUUAUUUUGCAGUGUAAACAGCAUUACCAGUUUGAAGGACUUUGCACAUUGUACCAGUCAGAAUUUUAAACCAUGAUAUAGUUGGGAGACUUGCAAAAUACUCAUCUGUGCACAUAAGAUCGUUAGCUACAUACUCUAAACUUUAAAAAUCGCACAUAAAAUUCACCAAAGGGCCAGGUUUCAUUUGUUAUCCACUAAACUUUGUCAUAUCCAGCAACAAAAUGUAGGACUUUUUCGGGAGGGAGGUGAUACCAGCAAUGGACCUGAAAGUUGAAAUUUGGUGGAUGCCAAACUGCUGGGACUUGGAACAUCAUGUUUGAAUUGUGUACUUAUUUGACAGGGUGCCUAUAAAUGUUUACAGCAAUUUUUAUGUGUGUUUACUUCACAUGCAUGUGUAUUAUGUUCCAUGGAAAAUUGCGCUAUAUAGGUUUCAAUUAUUAAUUAUUGUAACUGUAUAUUGAUGGAUUGCUCCUUUCUAUUACAUUACAACACCAGAAAUACUUUUUCCCUGUUUAAAUUUCCUCAUGUCUUUCUAAUAUAAAGAGGCUCUGGAUUUUAUUUCUUUUGCAAGGUAUGACCCUUAUGACAGCUCUGCUUUUGUAAAGACUUAGUGACAAACUGGAAACUUACUAAAAAUAUUUUAAAAAAAUGUUUAUUAAAUAAAACACUAAGAAUGAUUUUAAUGAUAGAAAAAAUGACAAGGACAUGUUUGUUGUUGUUUUUUGGUUUCUCUUUUGGUCUUGCAUAAACAGGUCCUAGGUUAAGAGAACUCUAUCUAAGGAGAAACAGCAUUGGGGACAUUGAUGAAAUUGGAUUUCUAAAGAACCUUCCAAAACUGAGAGUACUGUGGCUGUCCGAUAAUCCUUGUGCUAAUAUAGAGAAUUAUAGAAUGACGGUACUGAGGAAUUUACCCAAACUUACAAAGUUGGAUACUGUAGGUAAGUUAUAACUGAUAAUUAUACCAAAUUGUGUGAGAAAUGGAAAGGCCACCAUGUGAAAAAAAAAAUGAACAUAAUUUUCAUAGUUAUGUUACUUUUUUGUUUUAUAGCAUAUCUGGAAUUAGUAAAAUCCAACUAGUGGUCUAUUAUCAAUGCUGCGUUCUGAUUGGUUGAGCUACUGCUAGGCUAUAUGUUAUAGCCCCCUAGUAGCGAAAAGCACAGGCUUUUUGGUGGCAAAAAAGGAUUAAAGUCUAGCUUUAACUAGCUAAAAGUUUUUUAUUCUCGAUAUUUUUGACCAACUAGUUGGAUUUUACUAAAACAAUUAUUCCUCUCGCCCUCAUGUCCUCUGAGUCAAUAGCCCAUUUGGCCUUCGGCCUCAUGGGCUAUUGACUCGGAGCCUAUUCGGGCUCGAGGAAUAUUGUUAAAUAGAUUUUUUUCUUAGAGGGAUGCCCAUCUUGAAUCAAACUUCCAGUUAUUUACUUAUUGCUUCAUGCUGUCGUAAUUUAUUUUAAUCUAAUCUUGACCAGUCCAAUUCCUCACAUAACAGAUGUGAAGAGAAUGCUUUGAAAUUAUUAAUACAGUGGAACCCAUGAUCUGGGUGUCUAUAUAUAGCGGGUUCCCUAAAAAAAUGUCACAAACACACAAUUUAUUGAUAUUAGAACUGAAACAGACAAACAGAAGGAUAGGGCCAAAGACUGUAGCAUGAAGCCAAGGGAGCCAAACUUGUUUAUUUGGAGGCAGAAAACUUUGUCAAAAGCUUCAGUACAAGGGUCAAACACAGAAAGAAAGAAGGACAUUAUGUCACUCUAUUUUGCUACUGUUUUUUGAGUAGUAAAAUCGUAGUAACUCAAAGAAACCUUUCAUCAUGUCUGCAAUAAAAUAUUAGCACAUGAUUAUAAUGACAUGUGAAAAUAGACAAUGCACAGGUAAUCUUUGUCCAUAAAUAUGGUUGACUAUAAUCUGAGAAUCUGACUCAGGAUACAGAAAGUGUUGUCCUUAUUAAGUGGGUUAAUUUUGGGGAGAAUAUAUGAGCUUUCUAAAGUAGGUUGAGUUUGAUCCUCCGGGUGAACGUAGUCCUGAAUAGGACUGUUGUUGUUGUUGACAGUGAGCUUUCUGUUGGGACAAACAAAACUGUCUGUUAUAUACUGGUGUCCACAUUAACUGGGUGUCCAUAUAGUGGGGUUCCACUGUAUAUGAUAUUUCGCACCACCUCGGUCAGUUCAUUGUUUUGAGUGGCUGUUAUUCAAAUUUGCUAUGUACAUGUACAGUGACUCGCCACGGUGACUCAACACGGUGACAGGGGAUGAAACAGGACUUAUGUCCCAACUGAUAUCAACCCCUCCAUAAAAAAAAAAAUCAGAGCAGUGGAAGAGCUGUAGGGUUGGACCUACAGUUUUUGUUUUUAUCUGAGAAGACUAGAAUGUCUAACCAUUUGUAGAUGUCACAACAAAGGCAGCACGUUCUCCUCAGUUAUUUUAAGACCCUGAGUGUUGGUCCGGCCUGGGUUUGAAUGCUUACCCAAUUGAGCUAACCAGGUGACAGUUUGGAAUGCAACACGUCUAGAAACAUUUAUGCAAGUAUACAACUUCAACUUCACUGUAAUUCUCUUUUAAUUAUUGCAUUUGUUUCACUGACUGCAUCAUUUUUAAUUCAAACAAUGAUACCAAUUGCUCAUUAUUUUAUUAAUUCUUAUAAACUUUUCCUUAUUGAUAAUGAAAAGAUAUGACAAGAGAAAAUUGAUUUUGGUCACUCUUGGCAUUCAAGGCUUAAACAGCUCGAAAAUUUGUUUUCUUUGAUUUUUAUUUAUAGUUGUUGAAGAGGCAGAAGUUCUUGAGGCAUCAAAACAGGGACAGGAGAUCCCCACCCCUGAAGACAUCCCAUUUUACCAUGACUUUACUGCCACAGCAGAUAAGGUAAAUUAAAUUGGAUUUGUGAUAUGUCAUAAUUCCAUCACAGGUUAUCCCUGCUUGUGGACAAUAAUUAUUGUUUCUUUUUGAUUUGUUAUGUCUGCUAUAUAUUCUAUACUAAAGAAGGGUGGCCAAAGGCUGGGACUUUGCCUUUUUAUUGGAAAUGCAAGUCUUAGACAUUGGAACAUGUAGGGAUGUUGCUACAAGCUGGUUGCUGGCUAAUUUCAUAAUGGUAUCUGUUUUUGCUUUUUAGAAUACUCUUAAAAUUGAUGUUGCAAGAGAUGACAGUCCACAGAUUUUUACAGGUGAAGACCUUAAUAAUACUUGCAAAUUUCCCUAAACGACUUGAUUGGUGAUUAAGUUGCAGUUAUUUGUAGAAAUGUAAAUACAUGCAAAUAAAGUACCGUAUUUCAUUUCGUAAUGAAAAGAUAAAGAAGGUGGAAGUUUGGCAGUUUUUUGAAACUCCAAGGGUUGUAUUCAGGCAAGAAAAUGAUUGAGAAUUGUCUUCAUCUGGAUUGAAGGAAUAUGGUCAUAAUAACAAAGAUGGUUGUGAAGGUGACUACCCCACAGCUUUUAUAAACAUCAGUCCCUGUCAACAACAGUCCUAUCCAUUCAAAACUACAUUCACCAUGACGACCACAUUCCACCUCCAUAUGAAAUGACUCCUGGGUACAAACCUUUCACUCUGUCCCCAAAACAUGGCUCUAUAAACAUGGUGGUCAUGAGGCCACCAUCUGUAAAUAAGUAAAUAGUUAGUUGUAACUGUAUUGUUUUCUCUUUUUUUGUUAUCUAUGUUAUUUGACUUAUUUCAUUGUUAUUGACAGAAAAUGAUAAAUCUGAGCCAUCACAUGACAAUUUAGUAAAUGAAACCAAGUAAGUCUACCCUUACAGUCAGUGCAUGUUUCACUGGUAUUUUUCCUACGUAGAAAAAUUCUGCUCAUCAAUGUGGUACACAUCUUUCAUGAUCCUUGUACAAUAAUGGGAUGGGUCAGCCAUUUUACAGAGAAGUACAGCAAAACAAAGGACUGACCUGGUAAAAUAAAAAGUUUGAAUAAGCGAUGAUAUUAUAAUAGCUUGUUUAACUGUUGGUGUUGUUUUCUGAGAGCACAAAUUGGCAGCAAAUUAAAGCUGUGAGAGGUUAGAUGGAAAGUGGGCAAAUGAGAAGUGAAGCUGCCAAAAUGCACGCUAUUAGCGCAUGUAAAUUAAAGACAAAAAAAGAAAAACGUUGUUUCCAUCCUAUUCUCCUAAGGGGUUAGCUGUAGGUAUCAAAAAAACAGCAAAUUAAAAUCACGAGAAGUACUCUUGUUUAUCGCUCUUUUUUGUUCACAGUAAACUUCGAGCUCAGUUAGGACUCAAACCACUUUUAUUGGACGAUCAUGCCAAUACUACUGCAGCCAUGACAACAACAAGUGCUGAGAAGAAAACUUCUGGAAAUUCCAGCGACUCUCAAGUGAGUUUUUUUACUUUUGUAAGUAAGGCUUAUCUCAAACAUCGUGCUGCAGUUGUGCUGAACUACUUCAAUAAUUGAUCAAAUCCAACAUAACAAAUUAGCAGCCAAACUCAUUUCAUAUAUAUUUAUGAGUGCAAAUAUUUUAUAAGUAGAAGACAUGUUCAAAAGUUGAUGAAACUGUUAUUAUUAUUAUUAUUAUUAUUAUUAUUAUUAUUAUUAUUAAAUUGAAGCCAAGUCAUGCUACAUCAAGCCAGGCUAGCACAGUAGUAGCACAAUAUUUUAAAUGAACCACACCUGAGCUUUUAUUAACAAAAAUUCGUUUUUCUCUUUCUUUUCAGAAUCAAAAUAUUGUGUCUGCCGUUCGUAUCUUGGUUCAAGAUCUGGAUGAAACAAGCCUUCUAACUCUUCGAAAUGAAAUUGACCAGCGGCUGCAAAGUCUAAAUAAAACAUACAGUGAAUCUAAGAACAGUCAUGAGCAGUUGGAGGAGAAAGAAUUAAUCACUGAUUGAAUAACUCAUAAGCAUUACCUUAACGACAAUGUAGCUAGUAUUUAAUGCUUAUUUCAGAGCUAAUAUGAUAUCAGUCAGUUAAAAAGGGUUGCACUUCACAAAUGCCACUCUUGGGUAAGCCUUUCUGAUUUCUUAAGCGACUAUUGUGACACUGCUGUGAACUGUCUGUAAUGCAGACACCAAAUUGGAUAGAGCCAAGUGUCUACAUUACAGAGUCAUCUGUAUUAUAGUCAAACCUCCUUAAUAUGGACACUAAAGAAACAGAAUCAAGUGUCUGCUUUACUGAGGUAUCUGUAUUAUAGUCAACGACAUCUCAUAGAUACCAACUAGACAGAGCCCAAAGUGUCCAGUAAAUUACAGGGGGUCAUCUGUAUUAUAGUCAAACCUCCUGAAUACAGGAAUAAGGGCUUUUCUCCAGGUAUCCCUUAAACUACAUUCUGGGCAUAUGAUUACGUAAAUCUUUAAUUCUUUUAAAUCAAAACAUAAAUCCUCCUUUCCCGUUCCUUUUCUUUCUUAGAGCCCUGACUUAAGCCCUAAGGUAUUAAAGGAAGCUAUCUUGAGUGAACUUGUCUU